AUGAGUGCAGACCAUUCGAUCUCUAGCCGCUUGCUCUUGCUACCUCUAGAACUACUCACAUAUAUUUUUGACAUCCUGCCAAACCGUGAUCUCAAAAGUGCGCGUCUGACCUGUAGGGGUCUCGGCAACGCAAUACGUUUGCGAAUCGACCGCGUCUUCAUAUCAGCCAAUCCACGUAACGUCGAAGUCGCUAGGGCCAUUGCCGACGACGAAAAUUACCGCAGAGGCGUCGUCGAAGUUAUCUGGGACGACUCAUUACUUCAGGACGACGGCAAUGAUAGCGCUGAUUCUUCAGACGAUUCUGACUCUCAAGACGACGGCAAUGAUGGGCCGCCAAAAAUCACCGAUAUUGUUGCCUCCACCGGUGCAACUCCGUAUCUGGACACAAACGCUGGAGACAGAUAUCUCGUCUACAAUAGAAAUAGCUGGGUCUCCUACGACGAUGCCAUCACAUUCUAG